UGUCAACAGAGAUGGCGCUGCGCGAAGGAGCUCUCCGUUGUAAUCUGCUAGUCAGCAGCCGUCAUUUCUACAAAUUUAUCUCAUGUAUUGGUGUCCGGUCGGUGUCUGACAAGGUGUCAUCGAAAACCGUAACGUCAGGUGACCCAGAGACCGCGGGUGACCAUUUAAUCUACACACAAGAACACUUUGCAUUAAAGGAGUCCCUUAGAAAGAUCAUCGACCAGGAGAUCAACCCACACGUGGAUCAGUGGGAAGCAGAAAGGAAGUUUCCAGCCCAUAAAAUCUUCAAGAUUUUAGGAAGUGCUGGUUUUCUAGGAGUCAGCAAACCAGUCGAGUAUGGAGGCUUGGGUCUUGACUUCAGCUACAGCGUAGCUGUUGCAGAGGAGCUGGGCAACAUCCGCUGUGGAGGCAUCCCCAUGGCCAUUGGUGUACAGAGUGACAUGGCUACUCCUGCACUGGCCAGGUUUGGUUCAGCUGAGUUAAAGAAAGAGUUCCUCCUUCCCUCCAUCAUGGGGGACAAAGUAGCCUGCCUCGGAGUUAGUGAAGUCGGAGCCGGCUCUGAUGUCUCAAGUAUCAAGACAAAGGCAGUAAGGGAAGGGGACGAAUAUGUGAUCAACGGGGGAAAGAUGUGGACCACCAGUGGUACCCAGGCUGACUGGAUCUGUCUUCUCGCAAACACCAGUGACGGGCCCCCACACAGAAACAAAUCCCUCUUCUGCUUGCCGAUGAACCUACCAGGAGUACACGUCGCACGCAAGAUUGAUAAACUGGGUAUGUGGUCAUCAGACACAGCUGAACUGUUCUUCGAUGACGUUCGUGUGCCCUGCAAGAACAUCAUCGGCCAGGAAGGCAUGGGCUUCACCUAUCAGAUGCUUCAGUUCCAGGAAGAGAGGCUCUGGGCAGUGGCCAAUAUCUUGACCAUGAUGGACAACAUCAUUCAGGAGACCAUCCAGUACACACGGCAGAGGAAGAUCUUCAAGCAGUCUGUCCUCUACCACCAGUCGGUUCACUUCAGGUUGGCUGAGCUGCAGACGGAGGUCGAGCUGCUCCGCUCCCUCCUCUACCGAGCUACAGCAUUGUACAUUAAAGGCAAUGAUGUCACCAGGCUGGCAUCCAUGGCCAAAUUAAAGGGGGGCCGCCUGGCCAGGGAAGUGGGUGACAGCUGUCUCCAAUUUUGGGGAGGAAUGGGCUUCACCAGUGACGUUCUGGUCAGCAGAUUUUACAGAGAUUCCAGGUUAAUUUCAAUUGGUGCAGGGGCUGAUGAGGUCAUGCUGGGAAUCAUCUGCAAGUACAUGGACACACUGCCCAAGAAGUGAUAUCAACAACACCUGACCCAGGGACUGAUCUGCUGCUGAUAAUGUGCUAAUCAUUCACAAUGAAUUGCUAAACACAGAUCACCUAAGUGCAGUUCUGUCAAAAUUCUUGACAUGCAAUGCAUUAUUGUUAUGCCUUUGAUUGUUUAAACUAAUUUGUGUUCUGAAAGAAAGUCAAGACACAAUUAUAAAUCUCCUGUGUUCUUGUUUUUCAUGACAUUACAAAUGUGAACAGCCAAAUGUAAUUAUGUAAUUUGUUCAUUUAAACAUCAUUUGAAGACUAAAUCUAUUUUUUUUAGAAUAGACUUAAUAGGCAAAAUAUUGUGCACAAAAAUGAAUGUUGUGUAAAAUAAAGUGUGCCAAUUGUAUCAUUGACAAAUUUAUAAAGUCAAUUAAACUACUA